AUGGACGACGAAAUGCCAACACUACCCAUGCGAGAUUCUCUAUUACAACAACUAGAUAUCCUUACAGACUUGUCGUUCUCCCUAUUCUCAUCUCUCGCUUCGUCUUCUACAUCCACAGCAAAUGUCGACGCAGCACCGUUCCUACAGGUGGAGAAACGCACAGCAGCAUUCCUUCGCUGGGCGCGUGUGCAUCAGCUCAGAUGGAGGAAGAUCGAGAGGCUGAGAGAGGAAGUCAAGAGCUUGGAGAAAGAAUUGGGGGAAGCACUGGGAGCGCUGGAACGCGCAGGGAGCGGGUUGGGGGAGAUGUUGAGGGAAGGAGAAGGGGAGGAGGCAGAUAUUCGGAAUGCGGAGGACAAUCCGAUACCCUACGAAGAACUCAUUUAUUACGCUCAACACCUAGCGGGAUUCACCUCCCUGCCCCCCUCCUUCCCACCUUACCGCCUCUCGGCUGACGCAAGCACAGAAGACAAGCCGCCGUUUAACAUGCAUGUCCCUACGACGGAGAUGUUGAGACGGGGACGGCUGAGUGCGUUAGGCGGAGAGGCGAUGAGCUUGUGGGGCACUAGUGGGGAGGUAGGAGUUGCGCCCGACCACCCACAGCUCCCCGACGCCCAAGCAGAAGCACAUAGCCAUGCCCAAGGGCCAACAGCCCCGAUCGCAGGCAGGCAGGCGCAUCGUCCAGCUGCAGCAGAGGUCUUCAACGACUUGGAUCUCAAUUUGGAUUUGUAG